AUGGAAUACAAACAAGAAGUCAGAAACAAGGAUUUUUAUUUGAAAAAAGGAAGACGGACCGAAAAGGUAAUUAUUACACGACAAGUUAUAGUAUCCGUAUAACUGCAUUUAAUUAUCUGCGAGGUGUUUGCAGUUCGAUCACUACGAGAAACGUAAAGAAUUUCGGGAGUACCUGUACAGGACGGGAACUCUGGACAGGCUGACGGAGAUCAUGAUGGAUUUCUACGAAAAUCCCGUCUUGAAUUGGCCGAGUUUAGAGUAAAAGAAAUAUAAUAUAAGUUAUACCCAUACGUAGUACCUGUACAGACGUUUAGGAUGCUAUCCCUCCCCAAAAGGCCGUGGGCGCCAAAAGCGAAAACGCACAGUAGGGCGAAACAAAUACAUUUGAUUAUUUCAUACAUUUUCAGUAUCAUUUAUCAUAUAUUUUGAACGCUUACACGCUUUCGGCUUAGAGCCACCGUCGUAAUAUUGUUAUUAAGGUGGUUUUUUUUUUUCUUUUGUUUUUCCUAUUUUAUUCGAUUAUUUUUUAUCGGUUUUGAUACUCCGCAGAUACUUGCGAACGAAGCUGGUGGCCCAUAAUCCGGACGCAGAGGAAAUAAAAAAGCUACGUCCGAAACUCGAGGAAGUGAAAUCGUACAGAGAUUAUUUGGUAGAAGAAAACGCGCGUUUAAAAGAGAUUUUCAAGACAAGCAAUUACACAUUGUCGGAAGAUACGUCCGCGCACACGGAUGUAUAA